CCCAUAUACUAGGCGCGAACCAUACACAAUAUUUUGACAUCCAAGGCACUGCAUUUCCAAUACUGUUUCUUGCAAAACGCCAAAAUCCCUAGGAAGACGAGUCGCCAUAGCAAGCCUUGGGCAGCUUUCUGAAGUAACGAACAUGUUGAAAUUAAAAGUACAUAAUAACAUCCAGCGAACACCAGCUUCAAGGCAAUGCAAAUUCUACGCCCGUCCUGUCCUCGCCGCUAUUCCUCGCGUAGCAUGCCGCGCAAGCCAGCAGCCGGACAAUACCCAUCCAAGUGGAUCUUCAUCGCCUCAAGAUGACCUUCCACCAGAGCUACGUGAUCUUGCCAUAAGUGAAGAUGGCUUCCUGAUCGAUACCAAGACCGGCAAGAUGAUCAACGAGAUGGGCGCCACACGGUUCGAUGUGGCCGUACGGGCCCUACGUGGGGAGCUGGACCCGCCGGAUUGGGUGGAGAACUCGGAGCGCACCCCUGGAGUCAUCUUGUCUGCUCUGUACCAGUUCCCGCGACCCUACAUCUUCCAAGUAGUCGGCCGAGUACAGCAGCCAGCAGCGGCACCGGCCGCCGCGGCAGCAGCCACCACCAGCGGCGCAGCAGCACCCGCCAGCAGAGCAGCCCCCACAACGGCAUCAUCAUCAUCAUCAUCAUCAUCAGCAGCAGCAGCAGCCCCCACCAGCGCAGGACGCAGCUGCAGUCAGGGUAGUGGUCCCGAAACUAGGAGUACAGGUAUCAGUGGCGUUGAUGGUGGUGGGGGUAGAGGCGGUAGCGGCGGGGCCAGCAGCGGCGAUGGGAAGGAGGCGUUCGUGGCUGACGUCAUCGCCCGCAUCUCCCGAGUAGCACAGGCGGAGGUGGCGACGGACAAGGUUGAGGUAAAGGAGCGGUUGGGCGGGAAGUACAUCAGUGUGUCAGUUGAGGUGACCGUACGAGCACCCGAGCUUGUGGCGAUGGUGUACGACGAGCUUGCGAAAGACCCGCGGGUCAUUAUGAAGUUCUGAGUACAUGUAUGGGGAGUCGGUAGGUGCCCCUGGUGUGUGUGCAUGCUACCUGCUGGGGCCCUGCUGGGCAGCGUCAGCAGCGAGAGGUGGGUGCGAUGCGUCCUAUAGCCCUGGCGCUGGUGAUGGUGGUGGUGGUGGUGGUGGUGCGCGCGCGGCGGUGCUGCUAGUAGCAUGGUGACCUUGGUGGGCGGAUACCCUAGACCAGGCUACGGUGAUAAUGCCCCCGAUUUAAAACCCAACGCAGAGUCGCAAGGAUGGCCAAAGCGUAUAAAAGCGUGCCCGCCUUACUUAUGCCCUCCUGACUCCGCUCGGUGCUAGCCUCAGAGCAGCAGUAAUACGACAC